AUGGGCUUGACUACGGCACAAAGCAACAGCACCCUGGUGGUUCUUGGGCUUAGCAAAGACGAAGGAAAAACCCUGCAAUUCGAGCAAUUGAAUGCCCUCGCGAAGGGAAACUACUUUACCGAAGAAACCACUCUGAUACAAGAUACUGUUGCACUUUGCUGGUGCGAGAGUGCAAAACUCGUCUCUGAGCUUGUGAAGCGGCUGGAUACUCUCCACGUGUCAGGGUGUCAGAUACAGGCACUCUCUCUCUCGCGGUAUUUAGCGAUGUACUCCGUUGGGAAGGCUUCUCUCAGCAGGCCGCAGCUCUUUAAACCUGCCGUUAAGAAGAUCAUAGGAGAAAAAGACGUUAAAUUGUGGAGGUCUGAAGCCCUGGGGGAGCAGUUCGUAGUAUACAACGAAGACACGCUCUCGUGCUACCAGCUCUCGAAGAUGUUUCCCUGCCAGGUUCUCCGGUCUAAGGCCCUGAAAGAGAUGGAGAUCUCCGUUUGGGACGACCUGAUCCUCGCACAGAAGCAGAAGAACCUGUUCGUAUACGGGGGAAACCUCGACCUCAUCGACGGAUUCUCCCUCGACGGGAUAGUUUCGUACUACGUCCUGGGAGAGCAUAUUGUUGUGGGAUGCGCUGUAAAUAGCGAGGAAAUAGAGUGGAGCAUAGAGAGUAUAUAUAGGAAAAAGCACGUAAAGACGAUCCGGAUCAGCAGAAAGCACAGCCUCAGCAUCUCCAAGGGCCUCACGCACUUCGCAGUCUCCGAGGAGGGCGGAUCAGCAGUUUCUGUCCGGGCUUUACACGGGGAGGAAGACGUAGUAUUCCCAGAGUACGCAGAGAAGAGUCCGGGAAGAAAGAUCGAGGGAUUUAUGUCCCCGUAUGAUAACGUCUUUUUUGUGAUAAAAACAAGCAACUUCAGCACAGAACUCAUCCUGCACUCCCUGGACUCGGGACAGGUUAUUCGCAGAAAAGUCUUCUCAAAUAUAGAAAAGUGUACGGUUUCAUUUUCAGAGGGAGAAGUCGCAAUUUGCAACGUGAGAACAGUCUCUGGGAAGCCCUCGCACUUCAUAGAUAUAUGGAAUGUCGACGGAGUCCGCGUGAUCUCGAAGGCCCUCGGAGAAAACGUCCGCGGAGUCCACCCGAGCAGGUAUUCCGUCGUGGUUCAGCUGCAGGGAGGCACGAAAGUCUACAGGAGAGUGCAGAAUAGACUUCUGGAGGGAGCCCUCCUGCGAGAACCUGCUUCAACCGUGGUAGCAGGGGAUAUAACAGCCCUGGGAUCGGAGAUGGAGGCAAUUUCCAUCGUCGGGAGAGACGGAGAAGUCAUCAAUAGAAUCCCGGAGGGCGGGGCAGGGAAGAUCCUCGUUUCGCCUUUUGGGCUGUACAUCGCAGUUCUCUGCGGGGAGCAAGUGAGAGUCCUCGACAUCUGCGGGAAGGAGGUUUUCGCCUCGAAUGUGAAGAAGGAGUGCGGAUUCUUCUGGAGAACGGUCAUAAAGCCCACGGAAGAAGCAACUCUCGGAGAGGAGGAAGUCCAGAAGUACAAGGCAGAAGACGUCCUCAGAAGGAGAGAGGCCAGGCGCCAGUUCAUGCGGGAGAACGAGGAAAAGAUCAGCGAGUGGAGAGCCUUCCUGCAGGAGAUGAAGGAGUUCCAGGGGAAGUGCGCGAGUUAG